AUGGGUGUAACGGGCCUCUGGACAGUCGUCGCCCCCACCGCUCGUCCCACUCAGCUCGCCUCCCUCAACCGUAAACGGCUCGCUGUCGACGCCUCGAUCUGGAUCUACCAAUUCCUCAAAGCCGUGCGCGACAAGGAAGGCAAUGCCCUCCGUAACAGCCACGUGGUCGGCUUUUUCCGUCGAAUCUGCAAGUUGUUAUACUUCGGCAUUAAGCCUGUGUUUGUAUUCGACGGCGGGGCGCCCGUGCUGAAGAGGGAGACCAUCCGUAAAAGAGCGCGGAGACGGGAAGGGAGAAGGGAGGAUGCGGCCCGGACAGCGGGGAAGCUGCUUGCUGUGCAGGUUGCGCGCGUGGCCGAGGAGGAAGAACGGAGAAGAAAAGAGGGUGCAAGAAGGGAUGACGAUGAAGAAGAGUUGCCGCCGGAGCAGGAGCUCGUGUACGUCGAGGAGAUUGGCAUGAACCAGAAGGAGCGGCAGGCCGGUCGGAGCGAGAAAUUCCGCAAAAAGGAUCAAUACCAUCUGCCUGAUCUGGAUGUGAGCAUUUCAGCAAUGGGGGCGCCCAAUGAUCCGAGAAUCAUGUCUCAGGCCGAGUUGGAAGAGUACGCGCGACAUUUCCACAGCGGCGAGGACAUCAAUCUGUACGACUUCUCCAAGAUUGAUUUUGAGAGUUCCUUCUUCUUGUCCCUGCCGCCAGGCGAUCGCUACAAUAUCCUGAACGCGGCAAGACUACGCUCAAGACUGAGAAUGGGAUACUCGAAGGAGCAACUCGACGGAAUGUUCCCGGAUCGCAUGGCUUUCUCCAAGUUCCAGAUUGAGAGGGUUAAGGAGAGGAAUGAGUUGACGCAACGGCUUAUGCAUUUGAACGGAAUGGUCGAGGGCGAUUUUCUCCUUGACGGCGGAGGUAGAAUCGCGGGUGAGAAGGGGAAGGAGUAUAUCUUAGUCAAGAACGAAGGCGUAGAAGGUGGAUGGGCACUCGGUGUGGUGUCGAACAAGCAUGGAACGAAGAAAGAAAACGCAAUCGACCUUGACAAGGACGAGAACUCGGACGAGGAUGCUAACCAUGCUGACUCUGACGAAGACGAGUUUGAAGACGUCGCCAUUGAAGGCUUGAAUCGAAUACCGAAGAAUUGGGCGAGGAAAAGGAAAGCUGAGGCGGACUAUGGCACGAUGUAUGAGGACGCGGCGGAGGUGAUCGCAAAGAAGAGGAAGGCUGUGUAUGAAGCCAGAAGGACCGCCGCCGAUGCUCAGACCGGUCGUCCUCAGGCCGUCGCUACUGUUCCAGUCCCUACUCAGACUACGACUGCUCCUGUGAACGAUGAACCUCUCUUUGUGCCCGAAAAUAAAGCUGACGGUGAAGACGAGGACGACUUGUUUGAAGAUGUGCUCCCUGCUGCGGCUGAUAUAGAUGACGAUGACGACCUACAACGAGCUAUUGCUAUGUCCUUGGAGCAGAAUGCCGAAAACGAUCACGGAUCUGCCGACCAGGCUACGAAGCCACCUAGCGAGAGCUCCGAUGAAGACGACGCCUUCGACCUACAAGCCGCGCUGGCAGAAUCAAGACGGACCAAGCCCAAACCGAAGACAAAUGUCAGAGAUAGAAGCCCAUCACAACCGAAGGAGGCUGCAUUUCAGUUUCAGGGUCCCUUGCCGUUCGAGUCCCUCAAUCUGGGUCAGUCACUACUUGGAAAGAAGAAAUCAAAGAAGAUUGAGGAGGAGCUAUCCGGUGGCUUCGAUCGCGAUCUGGGAGACGACGCUUUUCGAAAAGAAAGGCCGCCACAACCGAUGCCUGACUGGUUCGGUGCGACGCCCAAUCCCAAGGACAUGAAGUAUGCAGGACUCGACAGAGAUUCCAUCGAUGAUCCUACUCCAUAUGGGUUGGACAACGUCGACAAAAGGGAAUUCCUGCGUCGACGCGAGACAAAGGAGGUAGUCGAUCUCGACACCGAUGAAGAAAGAGAGCAGACUCAUGAACCUGUUAAUCUCGGCGCUGACGCUGAGAAAGCCGACCAUGAUCAUCCGAUUGACCUUGACCAGGACGACGAUAAUGAGAAGGAUUUAGAAGUGUUUGUUCCACUGUCUCAAGACGUGGAUAUCGAAGCAGCUCCUUCAAGCCAAACAGAAGGGGUGGACUUGCCCGAGCUGGAAGAGGCUGAAGAUCCCGACAAGCGCAAGCGAGACGAAGAACGUGAGAAGCGCUAUGAAAUAGCUCGCCGGAUUGCGGCGGAGACAGGGACGGGAGCGCCAGAGGACCAGCCGCAUCCCACAAUGGGCGAGAUGGCGGACGGAGUUCGCGCGGAACCCCCCUUGCCUUCUUCCGCACCACAGUAUAAUCCACAGCCAGCGGAUAAGACUGCCGAAGACAGUGAUUUUGAAGCUGUGGAGUGGAGCGAGUCUGAUCACGAUGAGCCCGACCAGCCGGCAACUCCUGGUUCCCUCGGCACCGUCAACGCAGAGUCUCCAGAGCUUCGACCUCGAUCUGCAACGGCUGAAGUGGAUGAAGAUGACAACGAAAAUUUCGAGGACGUCAAUAUGGAGCCAGCUGCGCCUCCACCUCAACUACAAAACGCGAACAUACCCACCCUAUCAGCGUCCCGAGAUCAGCCAGAGAAACAGUCUCCCACACCUGCAGCCGAGCCGUUACCGGAAGAGGAAUUCGACUAUCUCUCCACCGACGAAGAAGACCUGAUGCGCCAACUCGCCGAAGAGGCGGAAGAACACGCCCGCUUCACCUCAGCCCUGCACAACCAGAGCACCUCGACCGAGCAAGCCAUGCGCGACUUUGACGCCGAGUUGAAAGCCCUCCGAAGCCAACAGAAGCGCGACCGCCGUGACGCCGACGAAGUCACCCAGACGAUGAUCCAAGAAUGCCAGGCCCUGCUCCGCCACUUCGGCCUACCCUACAUCACGGCCCCGAUGGAAGCGGAGGCUCAGUGCGCAGAGCUCGUGCGUUUGGGGCUCGUCGACGGUAUUGUGACUGACGACUCGGACAUUUUCCUCUUCGGCGGCACGCGCAUCUACAAGAACAUGUUCAACGCGGCCAAGUACGUCGAGUGCUACCUGGCCGGGGACCUGGAGAAGGAGUUUCUGCUCACGCGCGACAAGCUCGUCCGCUUCGCCCACCUCCUGGGCAGCGACUACACCGAGGGCAUUCCCGGCGUGGGGCCCGUGACGGCGCUCGAAAUCCUGACAGAGUUUGCCGAUCUCGACGAGUUUAAGGCCUGGACGGAGCGCGUCCAACUCGGCAGACCAUCCGAUCUGGAGGGCCAGCUCACCACGCCCUUCCGCCGCAAGUUCCGCAAGACAGUGCAGAAGAAGCUGUUCCUUCCCCCCGGGUUCCCGGACCGACGUGUCGACGAGGCGUACCUGUUCCCCGAAGUGGACUCCAACGCCGAGCCCUUCCAGUGGGGCGUCCCGGACCUGGACAAGCUUAGGGGGUUUCUCAUGGCGACGAUCGGGUGGAGCCAGGAGCGCACGGACGAGGUCCUGGUGCCUGUGAUCCGCGACAUGAAUAAGAGGGACGUGGAGGGCACGCAGAGCAAUAUUACGAGGUACUUUAGCGGGGCUGUGGGUGUGGGCGCGAGUGCCGCUCAGGGGGGAGGGUUAGGUGGUGUAAGAGGAGGCAGUAGUGGCAAAGCGCUCGCCGUCGGCGGCGAGGGACCUGCGUUUGGCGCCGCGCAGGCAAAGGCCGAGGCUACGGCGCCGAGGAAUCGUUCAGGCAAGGAGAGCGGGCGGAUGAGGAACGCCUUCAAACGCCUGAGAGGCGAGGCCGAGAGGCAGCGGCGGAGAAAGGACGACGUGGAGCAAGACGGGGCAGACGAGAUGGAUGCUAGUGAUGGGCUCGGUGAGAUUCAAGGUAUCGAAGGGGACGAUCACAGGGACGGAGUCAAAAAUAGGGACGCGAAUCACGGUCCAUCUACGGCGACUUCCGUCUUGGUGGACGGCGAUGGGGAUGGGUUCAGCGACGGCGAAGGAGAUGUCGCUGGCGAUGAAGCUGGAGUGGGUACAACCUCGAAGCCGAAGCGGAUAUCGAAGACGAAAUCGAAGACGAAGGGGAGGCCGAAGAGCGACACAAAGAAGACGAUACAAAGGCGUGCUGCAACCUGA